AUGAAGAGCGUGUUCCUAGGUGUGACGGGCGAAAACCUUUUAAUCCCAGUUAUCUGUGGAAGAAAUUACUGGUGUUCAAUUAUGCUUGACCUGACAGCUAAAGAAGUGUUUGUCUACGACCCGAUGAACUCGAGCUAUGGGGUGAAAGCCCGACUGCUCGCAGAGAAAUUGGUGGCAAUGCUGCCCAAUUUUGCUCCGAGGCAGUACUGGAUUCGACCGUACCGCAGCGAUUUUGAAGUGCAAGUGGAUAAUUAUAAUUGUGGUAUGUACAUGCUGUCAGGUUUUGAGGCCUUUGCUGGCACUGAAAGCCUUAGGUUAUUAAGUAGAAAGGAGCUGCAGUAG